AUGUACAAUCACUUUUGCGCCGGCGAGAACCAAGUCGAGGUCACAUCUACCAUCAGCGAGAUUAAGCGGAUGGGUUUCCGAGGGGCCAUUCUCACCUACGCGCGGGAGAUUGUUGUUGACAAUCAGACAGAGGAGGAAGUUGGCAAAGGCAUGUUGGAGUCAAAGAAUGAGACAGAGGUUGAGAAGGACUCGGGUAUUGAGGCAUGGCGAGAAGGGGUACUGACGACGGUUGAGAUGGUUGGCGAAGGUGAUAUUCUUGCUCUCAAACUCACGGGCGCGGGACCGGCUGUGUCAGAGACACUGUCAUCUGGGAAACCUCUGCCCAAGCAAAUGGCGGAAGCUCUCGCUGAAGUAUGCUCCCGGGCUGUCGAAAGAAAGGCUCGCAUCUUUGUCGACGCCGAGCAGAUCAAGGUUCAACCUGGAAUCGAUGCAGUGGCACUCGAUCUCAUGCGCCAGUUCAACACGAACGGCAGAGGCGCUGUAGUCUACAACACCUAUCAAGCAUAUCUCAAGGGCACACCGGACGUCCUGGCAAAACACAUGGAGAUAGCCAACAAGGACAACUUCGUGCUUGGUGUUAAGCUUGUCCGCGGCGCAUAUAUCAGCUCCGAGCCGCGCCAGCUCAUUAACGACACCAAGGAAGAUACGGACGAUUCCUACAACUCUGUCGCAAGCGGACUCCUGUCUCAGAGAUACCGAGACUUUGGGAAGGGUGGAGGAGCUAAUUUCCCUGAGCUUGAGCUCUUCCUCGCAACGCAUAACAAGCAGAGUGUCCUAGCAGCUAACAAACUGCAGCAAUCUCGAGUUGAGAUGGGACAGCCGUUGACUAAGAUCCAGUACGGGCAGUUGCUGGGCAUGGCCGACGAGGUCAGUUUCGGUCUGUUACAGCUAGCGGAUAUCACAGCUAAAGAAAAGGGGGCGAAGGGAAUGGCACCGAUGGAGGUCUACAAGUGCUUAAGUUGGGGCUCAUUGGGAGAUUGUCUUUCAUAUCUUCUGCGACGGGCGGUUGAGAAUCGGGACGCUGUCUCACGAACGAAGUCUGAGUUCAAUGCUCUGAAGACAGAGGUGUGGCGUAGACUCACGAGUACUGUAUCAUCUUAA